AUCCUUGACAAAGACAAAAAUCAGAAAAUUUACUUGGACCCAUUGCCAUCCAACUCAAGAAAGAUAACUAAGGGCAACUGGCUUUACGACGAAAUUGAGUUAUUAAGGUCAGUUAAAUAAUUAGUUUGCCACACAUUAAUGUAUAUAUUUGACUUAACUAUUAAUAUAUAUAUAUAUAUAUAUAUAUAUAUAUAUAUAUAUAUAUAUAUAUAUAUAUAUAUAUAUAUAUAUAUAUAUAUAUAUAUAUAUAUAUAUAUAUAUUGCCCGAAUAUCGUCUGAGUAAGGCGUGAAACUUGAGUAGCAAUAAUUAAUUUUAAGAUAUAAAUAUAUCUUGCUCUACUAUAAUAUUAGUGUUGAGCACUUUAUUAUCUAACAAAUCCUUGCACUAAUUACCUUCAGUCCGCUAUAAAAAGGAACAUGGUAAUAAUAAUCAUACUGCAUUAAUUAAAAAAGUAUUUCCAAGCUGAUUGAUUUUACUUUAUGAUGCAUGAACUUCUAUUUCAUUUACUUUAGCACGACGUUCUCGUGUCUCUUAGAAUGGCCGGACGUCGGAAAAUGGCCAAUCACUGAGCCAGCACACCAGUUUCAAACAGACAAUUAUAACUGCGGGAUUUUCACCUGCGUGGUAAGUCGAUCGAUCAUUUAUUGUUAAGCCUGGUUCACAUAUACCUGCGGUAUGUCGGCGGGCUUUGUCGUUAUAGCAGUUCAACCAAAUAAUUCACAAAAAAUGUUUGCAUCAACAGCUGUAUGCGCGGGCAUAUCGCAGGCAUGUGUGAACCAGGCUUUAGCAUACCAAUUCACUACACGCCAUUGCAGUUCAUGCAUGACGUAUAAGCUAACUCGAAAGGAUCUGUGACGAAAUCCCGGCGUAAUCGAUUUGAAACGGCUUAGCUUUUCAAUUAAAGGGCCAUUAUAUAAACAACCCCUUUUAAUUUGUAGUAAUAAUUACGAGCGCUAAUCCUCAAACACAUCAAUCAAUCAAUCAAUUAAUCAAUCAAUCAAUCAAUCUAUCCAUCAAUCAAUCACUUCCUCGUUCCCUGCAGGGUCUGUACGAGGUUGAAUCAAUCCAUCAAUUCUUAAUGGAAAAUAAGUCGUCAAUUUCUCUUUUGAAUUGACUGUAAGAGAGCAUAUUUUUCGUACAUUUUGAGGCAGCUCAUUUCCAUGUAACUAAAACUUCUUUUAUCAUAUAGUUCGUUCGCGGUUUUGGCACAAAUAAAGUGUUUUCAUGCAGAGUUUCACAAAUUGUAUCCUGUGCUGCGGGAUUCAAACAAUUCACGGAGAUAAUGCGGAGUUAAUUCAUUAAUUGUUUUAAACAUCAAUAUAUGGCUUUAUGCAUGCUUUUCCCGGCGUGUUGAAAGAUUAUCCCAGCUCAACUUCGCACUAAAAAGGUCACUGGGUGCUAAUUCUAUUCGGCUAAUUUACAUCCAGGCAAAGGAAAGCGGAGUGAAAAGUCUAUCAAUAGUCGCGGGCGCGCGUGCAUGGCUAUAUAGUACACGCGGGUACGUAGACCUCACACUGAUCUAAAAAAUAUGACAUGUACAGAUUGUCAGGACUAUUCAUAGUCAUCUGAUAAAAGAUACGAGAAAAUAGUUCGUAGAAUAGUGCUGCAAAACUUUUUUAACUUGCUUUUGACUUAGUAACUUUGAUUUAAGAAAGUCAGUUAAAAGUAUGCACUCCCGCGAGAAACGUUUGAAAACUAAAAAUGCAUUUGUUUAUUUUCGCCUCGUCAAAAAACGGUAUUCAGCUUAGUUUUUUGAAUGGUUCAACAGUGCUUGCUCUUCAAUCAGCUCCCAGGAUCACACGCGCUGCACGUUUUUGGAGUUGAAAUAUUUGUACCAUAUCACAACAUCUAUUUGAAUGAUCAGUUGUAAUCUCCGUAACAACGCGUAACAACCACCAAAAUAGAAUAAAUGUCUUAAGCAAAAAUGCAUUUUAUGACCGACGAUGAGCUCUUUUAUAAUUAACCCCCUUCAUAACGUUUUGACUAGUUAGUUCCCAAAUUAUAGCAGCCUUUAAAAUUUAAUUGACAUCAGUAUACGUAUAUAGUAUACGUACAAGUGUACGUAUUGCGAACCAUCUUGUUUGGAAGAUUCUACAGGUCCUCUAGAAAUGUAUGAUGCAUGAUGGCCCAUGGAGGAUCAGGUUGCAGACAGUAAUCACAUGGGACCGGGUAAACCAAAUGACCCGUUAAACAGUAGCCUGAAUUGAUAUCGUUAAGAUGACCCUAAAUUCAGGCUAGUUAAUUAAACAGGCAAAAUUAAAGGAAAUUUAUUAACUCCUGCAUAUAUGUUAUAAAAUGAAAUUUUGUUCAUAUAGUUUGCGAGACGGAUGAUGAACCGUGAGAAACUGCGGGGUAACAUAGACCCAUUGAAAGAAAGAUUGAAUAUCGCAAAUGUUCUAUUUUCUUUGGUAAGUAUACUAAAAAUUGGAAUAUUUCUACAGUACAUUUUCAUCUGAAAAAUGCGGAACAGUCCGUUCGCAGCUUUGUUCACAUUUUGUAAUAUCCAAAUAAUGAACUUUAUAAACGAACGUUACCCAAAAUAUAAAUAUAAAAAUUAAUUUUUGAAUUUUGUGCCUUAAUAUGUUGUUAAUUUUCGGAAUAUUUUCUAUCUUAUAUUUCGCGAAUUUCUCUAGGCACUCUGCUAGAAAGGAUAAUAUAUGUGUUGUUUUUCCUAUAGUCUCGAAGAUCUGGCUCUAUUGAAGAAUCUAGUUAA